CAAGUACACAAUCUACGAUUUGGCAUUCUUGCACAGGGUCUGUCUGUCAGUGUCUACCAUCACUGUCUAUCGGGAUUCCCCUUCUGACAAGAAAUAACCCAAAAAGCCCUUGUUUGAAACAACGAGGAACUAUUUAGAGAAACAGAGUCGGUUCUAUUCUAUGAAACUGGCUAGAAAUACCCUGACCCUGACCAAUCUUGGGUGUUUUGUUUUUUCAAAAUAAAAACUCCAGACCAUUCGGUAAGUUCCUCAUCUUUGCUGCCCAGCCCUUUCGAUCUCCGAGAAAGCAGAGAUGAAGGGUGAAUGGGGAAUAGUAUUACCAUGCGACCCAACCUGUUGGAAAGCUUUUCAUAAAGGGAAGCAGAGGGUGGGCUUUUCCUUUCAAAGCUGGCACUCUCAGCGCACAAAAGGCAGCUGUAGUAGUAAACUCCACUCCUUUUGAAUCAGACAAGCUUCCUCUCAGCCAACGGCAAGCCAAGCCAGCUGCUGACGUCAGAGCUCGUCUGGGAAGCUCGCAGGCUUUCUGGUUUUGCUCAGAUGAGCUGGAGCUGUUUUUGAGAUCUGAGCUGGCGGGAAGGGCAGCUCAAGCCAGAGAGCUUUCUCGUUUUCUCCUCCCAAGCUCGAACUGCGAUGCUCGGCUAAGGGUUACCUAUUUUAGAAAGGCACCAGGAUCAACAUAACACUACAAGCUUAUGUACAUACUACAGAAAAGAAUGAGGGAAACUAUGCCCCAGACACCAAUAUUUUCCAGCAUGCUUGGUUCCGGAUGUAGUGGGCAGGUGCAGCCAGAUACAGGAGAGAGGAGUGGAGAUCCUGUUUAUCAAGAUGGGAGUCUCAUCUCUGGAUCACUAGAGGCCCUGAUUGAGCGCCUAGUGCCCACCACAGACUAUUAUCCAGAUAGGACAUAUAUCUUUACCUUCCUACUGAGUUCCCGAGUCUUCAUUCACCCCCAUGAACUCCUAGCUAAAGUGGGGCAAAUAUGCCUUAAACAGAAGCAGCAACUGGAGACUGGAGUCGAAGCAGACAAGGCAAAGCUUAAGUCCUUUGCUGCCAAGAUCAUUCAGCUCCUGAAAGAAUGGACUGAAACCUUCCCCUACGACUUCCAGGAUGAAAAAUCUAUGAAAGAGCUGAAGGAAAUUGCUCAUAGGAUCACACAGUGUGAUGAGGAAAAUGGAACUGUGAAGAAGAUCAUCAGCCAGAUGACGCAGAAUCUACUGAUGACUCUUGCGGCACGCAAUCAGUACCAGGAGAUCAGAGAGAAGUUCCGCCAACCCGUGACUGACAAAGGCACAAUCCUUAAAACAAAGCCCCAGUCGUCACAGAAGGACAUACUGAGUGUUUGCUGUGACCCACUCGUCCUUGCGCAGCAACUCACACACAUUGAGCUGGAGAGGGUGAGCAACAUUUACCCCGAGGACCUCAUGCAAAUAGUCAGCCACGUGGACUCCCUGGAUAAUCACAAGUGCCGAGGCGACGUUACUAAGACUUACACUCUGGAGGCGUACGACAACUGGUUUAAUUGCCUCAGCAUGUUGGUGGCGACGGAGAUUUGUAAGGUUGUGAAGAAAAAGCAGCGGACAAGAAUAGUGGAAUUUUUCAUUGACGUGGCAAGAGAGUGCUUCAACAUUGGAAACUUUAAUUCGAUGAUGGCCAUUAUCUCGGGUAUGAACUUGAGUCCUGUUGCCCGGCUAAAGAAAACUUGGUCCAAAGUCAAAACAGCCAAAUUUGAUGUUUUAGAGCAUCACAUGGACCCAUCCAGCAACUUUUGUAAUUACCGAACAGCCCUUCAAGGAGCAGCACAGAGAUCUCAGACAGCACACAGCAGCAGGGAGAAAAUAGUCAUCCCCGUUUUCAACCUCUUCAUUAAAGAUAUCUACUUUCUGCAUAAAAUACACACCAACCACUUGCCCAACGGACAGAUAAACUUCAAGAAGUUCUGGGAAGUUUCGAGGCAAAUCCACGACUUUAUCACAUGGAAGCAGGUGGAGUGUCCUUUUGAGAAGGACAAGAAAAUCCAGAGCUACCUGCUGACAGCACCUAUUUAUAGUGAAGAAGCUUUGUUUAUUGCAUCAUUUGAAAGUGAAGGUCCAGAAAAUCAUAUGGAGAAAGACAGCUGGAAGACACUCAGGACAACUCUGCUCAACAGAGCCUGAGAUUUCGGACUUCUGCUCUGGAUUCUAAAGCACACACUAAAAAAAAACAUUGUUUUUAAAUCCUAGAAGACGUCAUUUGAAAAUGGAAGGCCUCACUGGUUGGGGUCUGUUUUGUAGAUACAAUACCUUUUAUGAAUUACAGAAGAAAAAAUGUGCUAAAUAUUUCACAUCGACCUUAAGGCACUUAAAAAAAUGAAGGAUUUUGUUUUUUAACUAUGAAAAUAAGAAGAAAAAUCAAGGGCCGGGCCCUGUUCUCAGAGAUGAAAUGGAUUGUGGGGAGUGGUAUCUAUGGUGGUGUCUUAUUGUGAUGACAUCCAGAUCUUUAUUUUCAUGUUUGGUUUCUUCCACCUAACACACGCACAGUCUCAGACGGGCUCAACAUUUUGCAGGUUUGGUUUCCGCUAUGCCUUGAUCCACCCAACGCUUCCUGGAAAUAAAUGUUGUCAUGUGGGGCUGAUGCGUUUGAAAUCAGCAAGGCUUCCACAGACCUAAAGAGGGACAAGCGCAUUUCCCAGAACAGGCCCAGGUUGACCAAGGACGGUAUAAGCACAGAGCCCUUGGUUGAACUAUAACCUUCAUUUUGGGCAUCUGAUAUUUUUGAAGAGCUUGCUUCUCCUGCUGCAUCACAGAAAACAGAAGACAAAAAGCAGCUUCCAAGCCACACCUUGUUGUCCCCCUUUUCCAUCUAAUGAAGUAGGACUUUGCCUAUGAAAGCUCACACCGCAACAGAUCUAUGAGUUUCCAACGUGCGGCACGUUUCAUUGUUGCAUCUAUUGCAAUGGAUUCUACACUGCUACACUUCUGGAAUUUCUUCUUCAUGUUCUGGGUUUCUUUUCUUUUUUUGUCUUUAUGCUGCUUUCCUGGCCUCAUUUACUUUGUGGAGCACUAGAAAAUUGUGCUCUUGGGGUGAAUUUAUACAGCCAACAGUGUCAAGCGGUAAAGCUUUGCCUGGAGUGUACUGCUAUAGACAGAGGGGUAGUGUUGCUUGCCUGUGUGAAUGUUCAAACAAAAGAAACAUACCUUGGAGAAGAUUUUUCUACCUAAUAUUCUAGAUUUCUACAUGCAGUGCCUUGGAUCGUAAGAUACACUAAUGUACAGGGAGUUCAUGGAAGUCAAGUGUUCCUUCUCCCCCUGCUUCUUUGAGGGAUCAGGGCUCCCUCCUGAACAAUGUGGGUACUGCAGGCUCCUUGGGAGAGGGGAAACCCAUCCCAAAUAAUUCAGGAGGGCUCCCCCCCAAUCAUCCAGAGACAUGUCCUUUUUUAAGAGGCCAAGAUUGUCGCAGGGCAGGUGGAACGGUGGGAAACUUUCUUUCCAUGAACUUCCAUAAGUAAACCUCUCUUAGGAUCCAAGCCAAUUCUUUUGUUUUUCUGGAGAGCACACAAAAGCCUAUCCACCCUCACCUGUAGCGGUCCAGACCAGGUCCAGCUUCACCAUUUAAUUCUGCCAGUUUUGUAAAGUUUGGUAUGAUUGGCAGACAGGUCGGUGGUUCCGCCCACCUGUCACGAGUUGGCCCAUGGAGGGGGGGGGGAGAAAGAUCUGGCCCACAAGGCCGAAAAGGUUCCCCUCACCCCUGGUGUAAAUAGACCCUCGACUGCAAGGAAACAGUGUGGGAGCCUCUGCAGUUCAGCACAAAGACUGUCUCCUUUAGCCUGGCCUUAAAAACCACUUUAGCAGCAUGGCUGCUCCCCUCUUACAUCAGAUAAUAGUGCCUUACAAGGUACUGAAAUUGUUUAGCGUACCUUCUUCUGCAACUCGGGUUGGAAAGCAAGCAAAAUAAAAAUAUGGAUGUCUUUAAAUAAUGAUAAAAAAUACCAGCUACAGCUUUGUAAAUAAACUGGAAGAUAUGGCACACAAACUAGAGUAUACCUACAGUAAUGGUGCAGCAGAACUUAUUUUUGUUACAAGGUUUGACAAGGUAAAAUAGGAUAAUUGCUAGAGCCUCCAUCUUUCCUCCCCCCUCCUUUACUAGACCCCAAAAGUCUUUAGUUUACAUUUGUGUGUUUGUUUAUCAGGGAUUUUAAGAGAGGGAGAGUACAGUUGUCACAGUCUCGGCAAAAGAUUAACUGCCAAUGGUGUGUUGUCUUUUACAAACUAGCCUCUGACUAACAAAUCCUUAAAUUAGUUGGAGGAGGUCAAUCAGAGUAUUGCAACACAAGGUUCAAGGUGGACUUUAUAAAAAGGCUUCACUAAGUUAAGGUGAGCUCAAAGAUCAGGUAAAAUAUUAAAGCCAUUGGUAGCCAGUGUGGUGUCCUCUGGAAGUUGAUAUAUUGCACCUCCCAGCAGCCUCAGCUGACAAAGCCAAUGAUCAGGGAUAAUGGGAGCAACUUUUAGAGGACCACAUUGGUUAUUCCUGGGUUAAAACAUCCUGCAGUGAAUUUGAGAAGAGUUUGUUGCUGCCAUGCAUUGCUCCUAUUGGUAGGCCAAUCGACUAUCGAUAUUAGUUCAUGCCCCCUGACCUUAUUACUUUUUAAGAGCAAUUUACCUGAUUAAGUAACUUUAGUAGUUAUAACUGUUUAUAUUAUACUAGUGGUUUUCAGCCCGUUCAAUUACGGGCGCUAGAAUCCUGGGGUUCGGAGAAGCGCUUGCGCAGCGCUUCUCCGAACCCUGGGACCUGUCCUUGC